AUGGUCGUUGACAACACCCAACCAGAGGGCGAUAAUCCCAUUGGUGAUUUUACUGUUGAAUUCCUCGGCACUCAAUCAUCCAGUAACAGCGCCAGUCGUCGUGAUCUAGGCUUCACAGGCCAACUCGGCGGGAAAUGGUAUGCUGUAUACGGCGACGUACUAUGGUGCGACUCUGGUGUUACUGACCCAACAGAAGAUACUGAGGGUUUCCAUGGAAUGGUCAGGAAUGCCGUAUCUGCUUUGACUGAUGACCCGUUGGUUGUGGACGACUUGCAUCUCAAUGAUGAUGAGCCUGUUCCCCACCAAAAACAGUUCAUGCCAUUCAAUCAAGAUUGGGGAGAAACCAAUACUUUUGGAUUUGGAGGCACGGGUAUAGCCGAGACUGAUCCCGAUAGUGCAACUGGUGUUCUUUACUACCUUGUGAACGACAACGAACACUACAAAGGCGCCGGAGUAGCCAAGAUCGAACUAGUCGAUGACGUUCCUACUGUCACAGAUCGAUAUGGCGACAACGGUAUCUGGUGGAACGGAGACGAAGUUCCCAAAUACGGUGACGUAGCAACGUAUCAAGAUGUCAACAGCGAAUACAUCUACAUCUUGGGUAACCCACCCAACAACAUCCAGGAUUUCCCGGAUAACAAGUACGUCUACAUGGCUCGUGUACCCGCCUGCGACGCGUUUGACCUCGACAAAUACGAGUACUGGUGGGGAAGGGAGCAAGGAUGGAAGAGCGAGCCGCUCACAGAAUGUGGAACUGUAUUUCUCAAGACUGCUCCCAGCCCUGAAGGUCCAUGGACGGAAGGAAAAGAGAUCUACAAGGAUGAACCCAUUGAUGGUGGACUUGUUUAUGCUGGAUUAGCUUACCCUCAUCUGGAUGAGUCGGGUGAGACGUUGACGAUUGGUUUCACAAACAAUAAUUGGAUCCGUAUCAUCAAAGUUACCUUUACAUAA